CCCGUCCGUCCACAUCCCGCCAUGCUGAGGCUGCUGCUGCUCUGCGCGGCCCUGGGCUGCGGGGCCGGGGGCGACGCAGCGCCUCUCACCUUCACCAUGCUGCAGUGGACGCGGGUGUCCAACGGCAACUACGCGUUUUGGGGCAACGCCACGCUGGGCGGGCGGCUCAGCCACCUCCUGGAGGACCGAAACGUCACUCAGGUGCUGCCGCUGGAGCCGCCCGCAGGCUGGGCACGGCAGCAGGACAUGGUGGCCAACUACCUGAGCUACUUCAGCGGCAUUGUGCAGGUCUUCAGCAAGGAGAGGCCCCUCAACUACACCCAAAACCUGCACUGCCGCCUGGGCUGCUGCCUCUUCCCCAACGGCACGACCUGCAGCUUCUACGAGGUAUCCCUCAAUGGGACAGCCUUCCUCACCUUCCACGUCCCCAACGCCACCUGGAAGCUCCGCUGGCCCCGCAAGGACCCGGUGGCCACCUUUGCCCAGCAGGAGCUGAUGAAGUACUCUGAGACCACGCAUCACCUACAGCACUUCCUCAACACCACCUGCAUGGACAUCCUGUGGGCUCAGAGCCCUCAGACAGGGAAGCACAGAGGCCGCUCACACGCCCCGCUGGUGCUGGGUCUGAUCCUGGGGGUCUCCGCGGUGGUGGGUAUGGCCGUGGGCAUCUUCUUGUGCACAGGAGGGAGCUGCUAGCGAAACCAUAGCUGUCCUGUGGGCACAGGGGACCAACCCUGCGUCACCCCAGGGGGACCCCAGCUGGGACGGUCCCCCCGCCCCAGGGAUGGCGCUCACAGCGCACUGAGGCUUAACAUGGAACCACGCUUGGCCUGGACGCACGAAACGUGGAGAGGGGUGAAAGUCAGAAGAAAGCCAAAAAGAGAGAAGCGGUCAGCAUUCAGACCGUGAUUCAUCACCACUCCGGUGUGAAAGGGGAUGGAUGCCUGGAGGACAGAUGUCACAUCUGGGAAAGGACCCGUCGGUGGCUGUCCAUCUCUGUGCUGAACAGCCCUGCUUCAGGGCCUGGUGCAAAUAAAGUCCUUCUGCCCCCA